AUGGGCUAUCAUGGUCAGCAUUUUUUCUCUGAUACCGUCGUGCCCAGAAAGGCCCAGUUAGAGCAACUUCCUCUUAUCCUCCUCGUUGCUUGGCUCGCCUCGCCUCCGCAGAACGCUCCGCCCUCUCCAAUGGAGGCCACUGCCACACUCACGCUCUCUUCGUCUCCCGCCGGCGCCCGGCGCUCGCCGGCCAGGCCCACCGUGGCCUCCCUUCACCUCCGCCGCGUGCCCACUCUCUCAUUCCACCUCCGCGGGGCCCAAAGUCCCGCUGCCUUCCGCGCCCUCUCUUCCCCGUUCCCGGGAUGCAGGAGGAGGAGGCGGGGAAGCGGGAUGGUUGUGAGGGCGGAGAUGUUCGGGCAGCUCACCACCGGGCUGGAGUCCGCGUGGAACAAGCUGCGAGGCGUCGAUCGACUGACAAAGGAGAAUAUUGCUGAACCGAUGCGGGAUAUUAGAAGAGCACUUUUGGAGGCAGAUGUAAGUGUGCCAGUAGCAAGAAGUUUUAUCGAGUCUGUUACUGAAAAGGCUAUAGGCACUGAUGUGAUCCGGGGUGUCCAACCUGAGCAGCAGUUAGUGAAGGUUGUAAAUGAUGAACUUGUACAACUGAUGGGUGGAGAGGUAUCAGAUUUAGUAUUCGCAAAAACUGGCCCAACGGUUAUCCUAUUGGCAGGUCUGCAAGGUGUUGGGAAAACUACCGUCUGUGCUAAGCUUGCCUUCUAUCUGAAAAAGAUGGGGAAGAGUUGUAUGCUGGUUGCUGCAGAUGUUUACAGGCCUGCUGCUAUUGACCAACUCACUAUUCUGGGUAAAAAGGUUGGUGUACCAGUUUACUCAGAAGGAACGGAAGCAAAACCUUCAGAGAUUGCCAAGAAUGGUUUGAAAGAAGCAAAGAGCAAGAAGACCGAUGUAGUUAUAGUGGAUACUGCUGGAAGAUUGCAGGUAGAUAAAGCUAUGAUGAAUGAGUUGAAAGAAGUAAAGAAGGCAGUGAAGCCUACAGAAAUUCUUCUUGUGGUUGAUGCUAUGACUGGCCAAGAAGCUGCAGCAUUGGUCGGUGCCUUCAAUGUUGAAAUUGGUAUAACUGGUGCUAUACUGACAAAACUGGAUGGUGACUCCAGAGGUGGGGCAGCACUAAGUAUCAAAGAGGUGUCUGGAAAGCCCAUCAAGUUCAUAGGCCGUGGAGAACGUGUUGAGGAUCUUGAGCCUUUCUAUCCAGAUCGUAUGGCGCAGCGUAUCUUGGGAAUGGGAGAUGUACUUUCAUUUGUUGAGCAAGCACAGCAAGUGAUGAAUCAAGAAGAUGCUGAGGAAUUACAGAAGAAGAUUAUGAGUGCAAAGUUUAACUUCAAUGAUUUCUUGAAGCAAACAAAAGCUAUCGCGCAAAUGGGUUCGUUCAGUCGUAUAAUUGGCAUGAUUCCAGGCAUGAACAAGGUUACUCCAGCGCAAAUCCGUGAAGCUGAGAAAAACGUUAAGUUUAUGGAGUCAAUGAUCAAUGUGAUGACUGCUGAUGAAAGGGAAAGACCAGAGUUACUUGCUGAGUCACGCGAGAGAAGGAGAAGAGUGGCUAAGGACGCUGGAAAGACAGAACAGCAGGUGAGCCAACUAGUAUCGCAGCUUUUCCAAAUGCGCACUCGAAUGCAGAAGAUGAUGGCUGGCAUGCAAGGAAAAGAUACACCCGACAUGGAAAAUCUCGCGGAGUCCAUCAAAGCGGAAGAACAGGCUGCCGUGGCUACUGGUAAGCGCAGGAGGAAGUACGGCAACCUGAGGCAGCGGGAUCUGGACUCGAUGCGCGGUUACCGCAGAUGA